AGACCCCUGCACUACGGGACCCUCAUGGGCAGCAGAGCCUGUGUCAGAAUGGCAGCAGCUGCCUGGGGCAGUAGUGUUCUCCAUGCUCUCCUGCACACUGGGAACACAUUUUCAAUACCACUCUGCCAAGGCAACACAGUGGACCAGUUCUUCUGUGAAAUCCCCCAGAUCCUCAAGCUCUCCUGCUCACACUCCUACCUCAGGGAAGCUGGGGCUCUUGUGGUUAGUGCCAGUUUAGCCUUUGGGUGUUUCAUUUUCAUUGUGCUGUCCUACGUGCAGAUCUUCACAGCUGUGCUGAGGAUCCCCUCUGAGCAGGGCCGGCACAAAGCCUUUUCCAUGUGCCUCCCGCACCUGGCCGUGGUCUCCCUGUUCAUCAGCACUGGCAUGUUUGCCUACCUGAAGCCCCCCUCCGUCUCCUCCCCAGCUCUGGAUCUGGUUCUGGCCAUUCUGUACUCGGUGGUGCCUCCAGCAGCGAACCCCUUCAUC